AACUUCCAAACCAUUGCACUUAAGUCCUUCUCGUUCUUCAGUGUUCUUCAUCUGUUAAGUGCAAUAGUCUUUUAGUUGCAGCAGAGAAUGAUCCUGCUUCUCCAACAAUCAAUAGCAGGAUCAUGGGAAAAUCUUCACACGCCACGUUGACAACUGCUACGUUUUUAUCAUAUUCUGCCACUUCAUCAACAAUCCUCGGUUGGCCUGGUGAAAGCUAGACCCAAGAGGACGUCAAGCUUGGAACUUUACGAGCAGCAUCGCUCAAGAUGUCUACAUCACUGAUGUCGCCUUCUUCGAAAACAAACUAUACACGAUGAGCGAUGAUCAUUCCGUCUACAUUCUUGACAUGCCUACCACCUUAGUUGUGAGAAAACUCCGCUUCUUUUCCGCCAUGUCAUUACUAGCCUACCGCCAUGUCUACUUCAAAGAUACAUUCCUCCACUUGGCCCACCUUAAUGGUCAUCUCCUAGUCAUCUUACGCAAUUUUGCCGACGAGAAGUAUCAUUAUAACCACGUCACGUUCCAUGUGUUCAGAUUGGAAUUGCCAGAAAGAGAUGGCAGCGGUGAAGUUGUGGAGUACUACACACCUAGUGAUUAUGAUUGGGAAGAAGUGAGGAUUUUGCAGGGAAAUUCUUUGUUCCUCGGAUACUCCCAUCAGUUCAUCUGACUGCCUGCCCCUUCAUCCUGGGGCGACCACAUCUAUUUUACGUUUUCUUUCAACGACGGCUAUUUUGAUAUAAGUUGCCCUGAUGACGAUGCUUCACUCUUUAUGAACCGAAAUGAUUGUGGCAUCUUCAAUCUUGUCGAUCGGAAAGUCGUAUGUUUUGCUCAUCAGAGUGGUCACAGACAUAACUACUUUUGGUUCUUCCCUAUGUCGUAGCAAGUACUCUGUCUUCCAUACUAUUUGUACUCUUAUUUAUUCUUACUUACUCAUGAAUCACUGCAAGAAUAUUUGUGAGCAUACUAAGCAUUAAGCGACGAAUGUCGAGAAUCGGAAGCGGCUGCUGCGUCGACUAGUACUAAAAAUACUAAAUAUCACAACAAAUGUUUUGUAAUGUAAUAAGGUUAAGGUGUGUCG